AUGGCCAUGCGGCGGCGUGCUGAACAGUGGCGCGCCGACAUGUCGCGCGUGCCGUUCAGCGUGGCCGAGCGCAUCCGCCUCGUCAAGCUCACCCUGACCAACCAGCGCUGCGAGGCGACGCACAUCUUCGGCAGCAUGCGCUCCAUGUCGAGCCUGUACGAGAGCGUGCUCGACGUGCUGCGCCGCAACCUGCCUGGCGUGCAGGAGCUGCGCGUCGAGCUGUUCCAGCCCGACGACUGCGCGUACACGCCCCCGGGCUGCAUCGUGCACGGCCGCCCCGCGCAAGGCAAGCCCCGCCGCCGCGUCUACGACGCCGACCGCUUCGCCGUCCACGAGUGCAAGCGCCUGGCCAUCCUCGACGCGCUCGAGGAUCUCACGCGCUGCCGUUUUGAGGGCAGGGGCGUGCUGGACGCCGCAUGGGAUGCUGCUGCUGCUGCUGCUGCUGCGCGACGCCGCCGGGGCAUUGCUGGUGGCAGCGGUGGCGGUGGUAACGAGAUCAGCAGCGAAGACGACGACGACGACGACUCGACCUCGGACUCGGCUGCGCCGUCAGCUUGGCCCUUUCCCUUCCCACACCUCAAGCAGUUGCGCCUCAUCCAGCUGGGGCGCUACUACGCCGACUUUGCGUCUGUCGACGACGAUCUGCCUGUUGUCGGCAUGUGGCCGGCGAGGCAGCGCAUAGCUUGCGCGCGGUUCGCUGUCAGGGUGCGCAAAGACGUGCGGCCACGGCUCGUGGGUACCAACGCGGCCAGGUCGUGGGCGCCGUUGGAGAAAGACGACGGCGAGGAGGACAAUUUUGUCGAGCCUGUUGUCGAGGCCGAGGCCGAGGCCGAGUAG